AUGUCUGCACGAUCCACAAUUCCAGACGCCGCAUCAGGCACCAGCUCCCCUUCAGUCCCUUCCUACGACGUCGAAAAGGCAUCUCAUGAGUCAGUUCACGACAACAGUGAAGCAGCUACCGAUGCCGAAAUCGCCGCUCUAGGCCCUGCUCCCGACGGAGGUUUGACAGCCUGGCUCAACGCCUUUGGCGGCUUCUGCAUCUUCUUCUGCUGUCUCGGCUUCACCUCUUGCUUCGGAGUGCUCCAGCAGUACUAUUCUACCCACCAACUGAAAGACCAUAGCAUGGAUCAGAUUGCGUGGAUAGGUAGCUUAGCAAGCUUCAUCCAGUUUGCUGGAGGCGCUAUCGGAGGACCGAUGUUUGAUCGUUACGGAGCUUGGAUGAUGCGACCCGCAACACUCACCUACGUCUUUGGAUUGAUGAUGGUCUCUUUGUGCAGCGAGUACUACCAAUUCUUCCUUGCGCAGUCUAUCCUCAUGGGCACCAGCGUGGCUUUUCUCCAAUUCCCUGCCUUUGCAGUAAUGGGCCAUUACUUCGACAAGCGACGCGCGGCUGCUCUUGGAAUUGUGGCGUCUGGGUCUUCCGUCGGCGGCGUCAUCUUUCCCAUUGUCUUGUCCAAACUGCUCAACAGCUCUUCCCUAUCCUUUGGCUGGUCCAUUCGCAUCGUCGCUUUCAUCAUGCUUCCCUUCAUGCUGUUUGCCUGCUUCAUCAUCAAGCCGCGUGUUCCGCCUCGCAAGACGACCAUCUUCAUCGGAGAAGCAUGGAGGAUUAAGCGCUACGUGUUGCUCGUUGCAGGACUGUUCUUCAUGAUGAUGGGUAUGUGGAUACCGGUCUUCUAUCUCCCAGUCUAUGCUGUCAGCCGAGGAAUGAGUCCGUUACUGGCAUCCUACCUUCUCGCCAUGAUCAAUGGAUCUUCGACAUUCGGUCGUAUCAUCCCAGGAAUACUGGCGGACAAGCUUGGUGGGAUGAACAUGUUCGCCUUCGCGGGCGUUGGCACCAGCGUCAUGGUGUUCUGCAUAAACGAACCAACGACCAACGCUGGUAUCAUCGUCUACUCCGUCUUCUUCGGUUUCAUAUCGGGCACCAUCAUCUCAGCUGGCUCGGCAGCUAUCUCCAAGUGCACCAAGGAUCCGAGAAGCCUUGGGACGUACAUGGGCAUGGGCAUGGGUGUUGCCGCAUUUGCUGUCCUCAUCGGUCCUCCUAUCAACGGUGCGUUUAUUGAUCGGUAUGGCGGCUUCAGGGAGGUAUCCAUCUUUAGUGGUGUCGUGAGCUUGAUGGGUGGGUUAAUCGCAUUGUCUGCCAAGUUGGCCACCACGGAAGGUAUCUUUGGGAAAGUCUAA